AUGGCACGCCAAGGACGCAACGGCAAGGGCCGCAAGACUGGUUAUGAAGCAAAAGUUGCCCAUGAGAAAGCGCUUGCUGCAAUGCAGCCCAAUGAAAACCUCAAGAUCUCGCAACACCUUGAGCAGCGUGCCAUUGUUGCUCAGCCCGAGAGUGCUUUGAUGUGUCUUCCUGGAGAGAUACGCAACAAGAUCUACCACUACGUCUUUCAGGCUGAUGGAGAUCUCGAGUUCAUGCACCAGUCUGUGCGCCUUCCCUAUGCUCGUUUCGAUGCCCCGUUGGCAAAGAAGUCGUACAUCAAGGUUCGCGGCGACAAGAGUGGCAAGGAGUUCAACCAGGUCAAGUAUGUCUGCCGUGGCCUGUACAACGAGACGAUCUGUCUGGAGUUCAAGCACAACACCAUAUUCUUCGACAGUAACUUCAUCGAGACUCGCGGCGUACUCGGAGCAGCUCAAGUGUUCAACAUGUUCAUCAAAGAGUGCGGUCCUAAGGCAUCUUGGCUGUCACGCGUUGAACUCUCCCAUCACACGACCGAGAAGUUCUUCUUCACAGGCCUCAAGAACACGUCAUCCACAUUCGAGGGCAUCGAAGAGUUCUGUCGCGAGAACUCGAAGUGCACUGUGAGGUUCUUUGUCUUCGACUUCAAGAUCACGCCUGGCGAUGUGACCAUGUUCUUCGACCACGGCUUCGACAUCUAUUGGGUCCUCCGUCACAAAGCAUUCCCGGACUUCCAUAGGAAGCUUGCGCUGCCCGAUCGCCUCUUCACCAUGGAAAAGAAGGAGUAUGCCAUGAAGAACAGCAACCUGAAGAUCUUUCCCCGACAAGGAACUGUCAUCGACGAGACGUUCAUGAACACCAUUGCAAAGAUUCCUAGGAUUGGCACUCAUUGGUAUCACCUUUGCAUUGAUCUUGCUGAGGACUGGGUCUUGAACGGCCUCUAG